UUUAAAACUCUGUCCAAAGAUCUGAUUGGCUUAGCUUAGCCAACGAAAGACAACUUGCAGGAUUGAUUUCCCUGCUUCCAACAUGUGGAUCCCAAGGAUUAGGCUCGGAUCUUGGAGGGCUUCUCUCAGAACUUUUCCUCCUUUGACGUGUGAAAGUUCCAGGCCUUCACAACUGGUUUUAAUAAAUUCAUAAGUGGUCUCGGACUCCUGCAGGUGUAGUCCACCAGCCCUUCCGCCCUCCGAAGGCGCAAAGCGCUCCUCCCGUCGCUAGGAGCCGCUGUCGCUCUCCCGGUCGCCGGAAGGCAGCGCGGCUUCCGCGUUCUCGUCGCGCAUCCGCAGGUCUCCGCGCGCUCUUCCGGCCAUUCAUACUCCUAGUCUGUGGGUCUUUGGAGCCUGAAUUCCGUGGACAGUUGGACUAGAAGGGAGACUGCGCCGCUAGGAUGAAGCUCGUGAGAUUUUUGAUGAAAUUGAGUCAUGAAACCGUAACCAUUGAAUUGAAGAAUGGAACGCAAGUCCAUGGAACAAUCACAGACAGUUUACCUCUAGAUACACUACUUGUGGAUGUCGAACCUAAAGUGAAGUCUAAGAAAAGAGAGGCUGUUGCAGGAAGAGGCCGAGGCCGGGGUAGAGGAAGAGGACGUGGUCGUGGCAGAGGAAGAGGGGGUCCUAGGCGAUAAUGUCUCUCAAGAUUGCUGUUUCAGAUUGAUAAGGAAUUUGGGGUAUUUUUUGUACAGGUUUUGUUUGUUUGUCAGUUUUUAAUAAACAUAAGGAUAGGGACAGAGUUGUCUGCUGAUUAUCAAAUUGAAGUUUUAGCGGCUACUGUAUUCAUAGAGUAUGUUCCGCAUGAAAUACAUAUGUACUGAGCAUC